AUGAGGCAGUCAUCACAACAAUGCGCCGAGUCAGAUCCUCCAGCUCUCCCAGUUGAACAUCGCGCGAUGGAGGCCACCACUACCAUGAAAUCAAACACCUGGAACAAUUACUUCAUUCGGUUCUCAUCCACCUCCAUCCAUGCGCUAUGUGAUACCUAUGAACUCAUUGAGGGAGCAUCCCAUGACGACCACAGUUUGACCCCCUCGACCCCCUUUUUCCUGAACUAUGACAACGGAUGGGUGGUAGGGCCCAAACAACGGCUUUUAUUCUGGGUACCACCUGCUUCUCGACGCCUAUUUUAUAGCCCUGGAACUGCAAUGGUGAUCCCUAGAGGAGGUCCUGAGCUUGAUUUGAGCCGCAUGGCACAUGGACAGCACUGGCAAAAGUGCCGAGAGGGGUGA